AUAAGUGGAAAACAAAGCGGCAAACUGCUACAGCUGGAACUAAAGGUCAGAGGUCCUCCUGGGACGUCAAGAUCACACUGGCCACCAUGAACCGUCCAGCUCCAGUGGAACUGUGCCACAAGAACAUGAGAUUCCUCAUCACCCACAACCCCACAGACAGCACUCUCAGCUCCUUCAUAGAGGACCUGAAGCGGUUUGGCGCCACCACUGUGGUUCGCGUCUGUGACAUCACCUAUGACAAAACGCCGCUGGAGAAAGACGGCAUCACUGUGGUGGAUUGGCCCUUCGAUGAUGGAGCCCCACCUCCGACUAAACUUGUUGAUGAUUGGCUGGGUCUGCUAAAGACGAAUUUUCUGGAGGAUCCAGGAUGCUGCGUGGCAGUUCACUGUGUGGCUGGACUGGGACGGGCUCCUGUGCUGGUUGCCCUGGCUCUGAUAGAGAGUGGGAUGAAGUAUGAGGAAGCUGUUCAACUUAUCAGGCAGAAGCGUCGUGGAGCCAUCAACAGCAAACAGCUGACCUACCUGGAGAAAUAUCGAUCCAAGCAGAGACUCCGCUUCAAAGACUCUCACACACACAAGAACAAGUGUUGCACCAUGUGA